ACGGAUGUGUUUGUGCAGUGCGAGAUGCAAAAAGUGACGGCUUUGUGUUUUCAAUGCUGAAACCGCGAGAUCAUAUUCCGCGGCUCUGAGCAAUUUUUCUCUUCUCGCUCUCGAAGCUUAUUAAUCCGCGAUGCCGAAUCGGGAGAUGCAUUAUUUGUUCGAUUUGCAUUUUAUGAAAGCGAGAAGAGAGUGAGUCACUUUUAUGAUUUUCAAACCGGAAACAGUGCGCCUGUGAGAGAUACAGCCUGCGAGAGGUGUGGGUUACGUAAAAAUUGUGCAGUUUGCAAAUCUGCAGAGCCGAAAACUCGUUUGCGACUUUCACAAACCGACCAUUUUUUCUUAGCGCAGUAACGCAGCUAUCCACAAUGCCGUUCGUUUAAUUAAUCUCCGCGGACAUUAACGCUGUACCCGCAUCUCGUCUCUAGAAAAAAAAAAAAAAAAACAUCCUUCAAACCGUUGAAAACAAUAGCCCGCGAUCCAACACAACACGUGCUCUCAUCGUCUAUUUAGAAAUCCAUCGAUACCGAACACACUGUGCGGGUGAACUCAACGCGUCGUGAGUUAGUUGCGAAUAUAACACACAAGGCUCCCAGUCAUACUCCUGCCGCUGGGAGGAAAUAACGUUCAUUCGGCCGAGCGAGAGACUUAGCGCAUAAUAAUGCGCGCAGCCUUGUAAUGGAGGCGCGGCUAUGUGCACAUUUUUCUCCUGCUCAGACUUCAGACCGGCGAGAAAAGACAAAAAACCGUCGUCGGGCCUCUUUAACCAAACGAAAAAGAAGUAGCUCUCCGUUAAUUUUUUUAUUUUUUUUGGGGAAAGGACCAUCGGUACGCAGUGACAUCAUCGAGUGAGAUCGACGAAUGUAGGCGAUUCCCGAUUCCCUUGGUACGCCCACGCGCGAGUGAGCCGUUUGGGCUACGUCAGCUUCGCCUGGUCGUAUAGCAGUGUGUUUGUGGUCGUGCAGCCGACCACUUGAGGAUUAGCCGCGGUGAUUAUCUGUUUGCGACCCGAAAAUGGACUCCGAGGACGAGGCCCUCGAGAUGCAGCUCCUGCAGGAGCAGAACGCCGACCGGUACACGCCCCUGAUGCACCUCCUGAAGAACAACCACCUGGCCACCUUCAAGAGCUUCGUCCGCCAGGCUCUGAACCGUCAGCCUCCGAGUAUAGACGUGAACCACCUGCUGUCGUAUCCCGAGCACCGGACUUUCCUCGACGCUGCAGCGAGUUUAAACCUACCGAACUUCGUCGCUUUCCUCCUCGAAGUAGGAGCCAAUCCGAACCUGAUCAACAGCGAGAGGAAUCGAGCACCGAUUCACUUCGCUGCCGAGGCGGGACAUUCCGAGGCGUUGGAAGCGCUGCUGAAAGACCGAAGGGUCAACUUGAAUUUGGAAGCCGGAGGACUGACGGCUCUGCAUUACGCCGUUAAGGCCGACUGUGGAAUCUGCACGAGACUCCUGCUCGAUGCGGGAGCCAGUCCGAACAUACCCAACGGUAAGGGGAUCACGGCUCUGCACAUGGCUGCCGAGAAGAACAGUCGGGAGAUGGUGCAGCUCAUCAUCGAGAACAGCACGUAUCUCGAUCUGGACACUUUUAGAGAUCGGAAGAAAGACACGGCUCGCACGAUCAUCGAAAAGAAGUUCCCCGACCUAGCCAAGUACCUGCCCACGGAGUCCUCGGUCCCGCCGGAUCCGCAGUACCUGCUAAAGUACUACCUCUCGGCGAACGACGAAGCGAACUUCCUGAAGGUUCUCGGGACAGUCGAGGACCUGAACGGCUUGGGCAACAAGUCCGAACUGUUGAGACAGGCGGUAGAGAAGAAUCUUCGCGCCACGAUGAAGGAGAUGCUGGAACGAGACGGCCUGAUGGACGAGAACCUCUACGAGAUCGCUAAGGUCGCGGUCGAGAGGGGACACCCGGAGAUACUCAAGGAAUUGCUGAAGAAGAAGCCCAAGAUCGCCGAGAGACUGCUGAUGUCGGCUUGCCAGGAGCUCGGGGUGCCGAGCAAACCUGGCCCCGGGAACAGGAACAACAGGUUCGAGUGUCUCAGGAUGAUCAUGGAGCAGGGCGAUAUCGACGUCAGGCAGGAGGAUGACAAAGGCAACAGUCCCCUGCACUACGCAGCUCGCGCGGAGAACCGAGAAGCGAUCGAGUUGCUGCUCCAGAAGGGCUGCUACGUCGGCCACAUGAACAGCUUCGGCUCACCCCCGCUGGCCCACAUGGCUCCGGGUAUCCUCGAGCCUCACCUCGACGAGUGUCUCACCAGCUCGAACGAGCGCACGGAGGAGUACGAGAUCAUCAUGAACUAUCAGAAUCUCGUGCCCCACAACACUCAGUGCGGAGCCGACGUCAGCUAUCUCGAGCGCAACCGACGUCGAAGUUCCUUCAAGAACAGGUCGUCCAACCCCUGCAGCGAGACCGAAGCUCUGCUCUUCAUCGCGAACAACAAGAGCCUGAGGCAUCUGCUGAAGCAUCCGUUACUGGCGUCUUUCUUGUAUUUGAAGUAUCUGAGGAUCAGGCACGUGUUGUACGUCAACUUCUUUCUCUACCUGGUUUACUUCUUCAUGCUGAUCUCGUACAUCUGGGUCAUCACCAGCGAGGCGGAGCUUGAGGCUGAAGAGCUCCGCUCGAAAAAUCUCACCUCGAUCAAGCCCAAGCAGGACGACGACGUUGACGUGGCUGAGGAGGAGAACGGCAUGUUCGCCAAUUUGGAGAAUCACCCCAUACACUCGGCUCUCCUGUUCGCUGCCCUCAUCUAUAUGAUAGUCCGCGAGUUGCUCCAGUUCAUCUCGUCGCCUUUACACUACAUCGGCAGUCCGGAGAACUGGAUCGAGAUCACCCUGAUAGGACUGACCGGCGGACUGCUUCUUGGCGGAGGGGUGAAGCUCGGUAGUCUAGCUGCCCUCCUCUCGACCUGGGAGUUGGUUAUCCUUAUGUCUCAACAUCCGCGCAUGUCCACCGACAUCGAGAUGUUCAAGACAGUGACGUUGAACUUUGCGAGAUUUCUCUUUCUCUACGUCUUCCUCAUCCUCGCUUUCGCCUUCGCCUUCUUCGUCCUCUUCAGGGAUCCGGAGAACGAAAAUUUUGUACAGCCGCCUCUUGCCUUAUUCAAAACCAUAAUCAUGUUGACAGGCGAAUUCGACUCGUCCGACCUACCCUUCUCGCACUUUCCCGUGCUGAGUCGACUGGUCUUCUGCGGCUUCAUCUUCUUGAUAGUUAUCAUUCUGUUGAAUCUGCUCAACGGCCUGGCGGUCAACGACACUGCGGAGAUCCUCUCGCAGGCCGAGCUCGUCUGCCUGAUAUCCCGUGCGAGACUCGUGGCUUACGCCGAGCGCAUCGCUGUUGGACAGCCCUUUGUUCCUAAGACCCGGCUGUGCUGUUUCAUAAACUAUCUUCCGUGUCAGAGUCUGACGACUGGGCCGGUGAGGUUCAUGGCCAGGAGGAUCUUGCUUUUCCCGCGGUACCUGCCGCACUUCACACUGAGCGUCAAGCCGCUGAAGAAUUACGAGAUCACGCUACACGGACGACCUUUUACGGGCAGUAGAUGCUCGACGCUCAAGAUGGAUCCAGUAGUCGCGCAAAGGGCCAAAGAGAUCCUCGAAGCGAAGGGCAGAGUGUCCAGCGAAGACAAGAUCUUGGAGGAGAUCGAGACGAUGAGGCGGAGGUUCGACGGCAUCGAGGCCAUGGUGCGCGAAAUCAGGGAGACCGUGAGGAACAACAACCUCAACGCCGAGGACUAGAUCGUCCGAGUGGAUCGAAUACUUGUUUAACACUGCCGAUACAUUGUCUCGUAUUCGUAUACUCUACUUGACUCGACUGUUAGAUUGUUAUGUACAAAUGUUGCCUGCUGUGCCUUGUGUCUAUACUACACGAUUUUGCUUUUUGAAAUUGAACGCGUGUUAUGGUGACUCUGCCUGACAAUUAACGUUUUGACUUGUGAAUCAUCGACAACUCUAAUACUCCGACUUUCCGAUUCGUCAUUUUUUUUUUUUUAUUUCACGGCAGCGAGAGAUUAUUUUUCUUAGCGCAUACAUAAAAUGUUAUUCCUAUACAUAUAUACGAUGUACAAAUAAUGAUAGCUUCGUACGUUCAAUGAAGAUACAGGUUUUUUAUGAAUGAAUAUUUUAUUAUUCCAGAUACACAUUAAAAAUAGACUUUUCCUAAAAGCUA